AUGAGUAAAUUUAAAAUUCAAGCUCGAUUUUUACGUAUGAUUUCUUUUACAUACGGAUUUCUUGGUCUUCAACUACAUCCAAUUGAUCGAAAUGAUUGGAAAACCAUUUUAAAUGUUUUAAUGAAUAUAACAAUAAAUUUAUUAGCCAUUAAUGGUCUUUUGGCAAAUAGUUCAUUAAAAUCAAUGGCAUUCGAUAAACCAUUAUUAUAUCAAAUUUUACGUGUUUGUUAUGAAUUUAUUUAUCCAAUGACAUAUCUAAUUGUAUCGAUACAAUAUCUUUUGAAAGGAUCAAAAUUUAUACAAAAUAUUGAUAUGUUAACAAGAAAAACAAAUGAUCAAUGGCAAUAUGAACGUUUCAUAUGGACAAUAUUCAUUACAAAUUCAACAUAUUUUGUUAUGAAUUAUCAAACAAUACAGAAAUUUUUUAUGAUCAAUUUUACAUCGAUCAAUCUGAAUCAAAUUUGGCGACAAUUUGGUGUUUAUUUUAUAAAUAUGCACAUUAGUAAUCAUUGUCGAAAUGAUCGAUCCGAAUUAACAUUGAUGAUUAAUGAAAUGAUAGAUGCUGCUAAACAUUGUGAUCAAAUACAAAAAUUUACUUCAAUCAAUUUAUUGAUAAUGAUACCGACAAUGUCUAUUAAUAUUAUUAUACGAAUUUGUAUAAUUCAAUAUUAUACAAUUACAAAUCAAUAUAAUCUACUUUUACAGAUAAUCAUUUUUGCCAUCUAUUUGACUAUAAUGUCCAACUAUAAUCGAUUGAUUGCCGAACGUUUAUCUGAUAUUCAAAAAAUUAUUACAAUUCAAUAUUGGAAUGAUUUAGGAAAUUUUCGACCGAACAAUAAUCUAAUUAAUGAAAUGAUUAUUAUACAAAAAUAUGAUCCAAGUCGUUAUUAUGAAUCGAAAAAAUUAUUUGAAAAUGAUUUUAUUGUUAGAAUAUAUCAUUUUUGCUCUGUCGAUUUGGAUCUUAUUAUGGGUAUUAUUUUAUUUAUUAUGAAUAAUGUUGUAUUUAUAAUACAAACUGAAACACCUUUUUGA